UAUAAACUUCCUGAGGAUUUUCUUUCAUAGAGGUUUACGUGCCCAUUGCUGUUUUUUAGCAACUGCUCUGUCUGAUACGUAGAUAAAGGCAGCGAUAGGUCCGCCUGUACCGAUGACCAAACAAUGUAAAGACCGGAAACUAUCUUCAUAACCGACUAACGUCAAACUUGGUAACGCCUUCAUGUUCCAAAGUACAACCAGAGUACCGGUUGGCUAACAAUUUGUGCAAGAGGUCGCUAGAUCUAAGGACGUUUUUGUCUGCCAUUUUACUUUUGUUGAAGAGAGUACACAUUAAGGUUUUUUACAGCUGUUGUCAGCAAGGAGCAAAAAUGAGUCGAAGAGGUGAAAGAAACGAGGAAACGGACAAAGCUUCUGUUUCCUCAAACGUCGCAGACGAUUCACAGAGGAUGACAACAAUUUACGCUGUGUAUCUCAUCGCCGCUUUGGAUAUCACAUGGAUGUUUUUACAAGUCUCGGUAACUCCUUAUUUGGCAAAGAAGCUCGGCUUCGACACGUUGUGGUUUGGUUAUUUGCAAACUACAGUUGGAGUUAUUCAACUGAUCGGGGGCCCAAUGUUUGGAAGGUUUGCAGAUCUAUUUGGGGCACGGACAGCUUUGUCCCUGGCAUGUGCUUCAACUGUUGUCUUCUUUCUGCUGCUGGCCACAGCAGACACUCCAGCCAUGUUGUUCAUCCAUAAAAUCCCCACAAUCUUUAUGCAUGUCCUCCCUGCAUCACAAAUGGUUGUUACAGACCUUACAAAACCUGAGAAACGGGCCGACGCCUUAUCCAAGCUUGGUCUGUGUUUUGGCAUCGGUAUGAUAGUUGGCUCCACAUUAGGCGGACAGCUGAGCAAACUCUAUGGGGAGAAGUUUACUGCAUGUUUUGGUGCUGCAGGGAGUGCCUUCAGCUUGCUGUUGGUUUUAAAGUUCAUCCCCCAAAAUACAAAAGCUGAAACAACCAGAGGCAACACUACAGAUGAUAACAGAAGGAAGUCAGUAUUCAAUCUGAGUGAGAUUACGAGGCUGAUGAAGUUUCCAACAGUGAUGCAGACUUUCAUUAUCAAGAUAGUCGCAGGUUUGCCAUCAGGCAUUUUUCAAGUGAUGUUUUCUAUCAUUGCACUGGAGUUCUUUAAGCUGCAACCUGAGCAGAAUGGCUACCUGAUGGCCUAUUUUGGCAUCGUCCAAAUGGUUAUUCAAGGAGGAGUGAUCGGUCGGCUUACGGCAAGGUACUCUGACAAUUCAUUGCUGCUUCUAUCCAUUGGAGUGUCCUCUUUUGUGGGACUGGCUCAGGCAUAUAUACAGAAUGUGUGGCAGUUCUGCUUUAACAUCCUCCCGAUGAUGUUUUCUCUCAGUGUGUUUAAUGUCAUCACAGACAGCAUCCUCACCAAGAGUGUACCGUCCUCUGACACAGGCACAAUGCUGGGACUGUGCGCAUCUGUUCAAUCUCUGCUUCGCACAGUGGGACCUACUAUAGGGGGCUUCCUGUAUAUGAACUAUGGCAUUUCCUCUAUAGGUUUAAUCCAGUUUUUCGUGAAUAUUGCUGUGUUUGUCUACCUGCUACAGCGACGACUCAACAAGACAGCCGAGCAGAGAAAGUGACACCUCUCAGUCUUUUUGUCUCGCUUGUUCAAAAACUCAAAAAAAGGAGAGGAGAUGGAAAUCAGCUGUUGAUUUUAAAAACAAGCAUCAUAUACACACAUAUUUCCCUUUUUUUAGUAACUGCCAUAAUUAGAUCAUAUCCCAUUAUUCCAGAUUUUGUGCUCUGUUCAAGUUUCUGUUGAUUCAGUGUCAGAUCACUAGAUGGCACCAAAUCCUCUAUUUUACUGGCUGAUGAUUUUAUUGGCUCGUUGUUCACAUAAACAUCAGAGUUUAAUCAGUUUGAUUAUGAUUGAAAACAGGGCCAACUCCAUUGCUACUACAAUUUAGAAUAAAAGUUAAUUUUCUUAAGUUAUUGUUUUGCAUUAAACUUUCGGAAAUGCUUUUGUUUUUUCUAUAUAAAUUCAAAGUCAGGAAUGCACUGUAGACUUACCUUUGCACUGAAAAGGACCAAUCUUAAUUCUAAACAACCACGCUUUUUAAUGGCUGUAAACUUUCAUAUAAAUAAAUGUGUGAGGGGGAAAAAAAGCAAAUUUAAUAAUAAUAAUUGCCAGAAUAGUUCAGAGACUUUGAUGCCAGUGCUGCCCUGGAACACCCUUAGUAUCACCCAGCCAGGCUUCAACUCACCACUGUAAGUGAACUACUUUUAUUUACUCGUUCAUAUUUAGGUUUAGAAUGAUGUGGUGAAAAAAAGUGAACUGAUAAAAUACAGCAUGUUAAAGAUUAAACCAGUGGUUCCCAAA